GCCCGGCUGUGGGUCCCGCCUGACCUGCUCCCGCCCCGGGUGCCCCAGGCCGCACCUUUUAGGGACAAGGGGGAGGGGCACAAAAGGCCGGUACUCGGGGCCUCAGUCCCAGAGCCGACUUGGGGGGGGGCGGGAAGCCCUGCAGGCAACUUGGUGGGAAGGAGGCGGGGCUUCGUGGUGGCGGGGGCGGAGCAAUAACGGGGAGGAGCUUCUGCGUGGGCGUGGCUUAGAAUGGAAAUGGGCUGGGCUUGAAGGAUGGAAGGGACCUACUUGGGGCUGAGUGGGGAAAUGGAUCUCUAGGCGAAGGUGGGCGCAGCUUAGGGUAGAAGGGGAGUAGCUGGUCAAGGAGUAGGCAUGGUGAGGUGAUGGGAUUGAGGUGUGCAGUUUGGCGAGUCUUAGUGGAAAUAAUAAGUCUUCAUAAUAUAAGUGCGGUGACUUGCGGGGGAGGGGCUCCCAGGGGAAGGCUGAGAACAAGGGGUUGAGGGGAGGGUCUUGCAAAGGACCGGGCUUCCUUCCAGGCUAGGUUUCAAGGAAAAACGAGUGAGUGGCAUUUUGGAGGCAGACCUUAGCGGAGAAGAAAGAGACGGUGGGAAGUAGGAAGCUCAGAUAGUGGUUAGUAGUAAUCAGAGCAGCUUGCCUGUAGAGCCCUUGCUGUGUGCCCAGCCUAAGUGAGCGCGCGGUGUGCACUGCCCCAGUUUUGCGUAGUCCUCACCUCCGCUCCCUGAGGUGGGUACUCCCGUUCUCCCGCACUUGCACAUGGACAAAUGCAGGAGGUUUCAGGACCGGUUAUGGUCGCCCUGAAAGGUUGACUCAAGUGCACUUGGCCCCAAAUCUCUGUCCUCUCCUACCCUAGGAAUGUGAAUCUUUAUCUGAAGAUGAUUUUCGCUCUUGAAGAAGAGUGGGAGGGCCUUUCAAAGGGGAAGGGUCUUGUCAAGGAAUACUAGAGGCUUUGGGAACAGUGUGGGGACUUUGGGAGGAGUAGGUGGGGCGAACAGUGGGCGGGGUUUAGAGAGGAGUGGGGAGUCCAUCGGAAAAGAAGGGGAGAGGCUUAAAAACGGCCCAGUAGGGUAGAAGCCACCUGGUGCUGAUUAGGAAGAUUGCCAGAGGAUCUGGAGAAGGAGAGAGCCUCCAUUCGCCACUGCCUUCCCACCACGCCAUCAUGGCUGAUACCCCGCUGCCAGUGCCCCCGGUCCCUGCCCCGGCCCCAGCCCCAGCGCCUCCCGCUGCUGCUCCCCGGGUUCCGUUUCACUGCAGUGAGUGUGGCAAGAGCUUCCGCUACCGCUCGGACCUUCGGCGUCACUUCGCCCGGCACACUGCCCUCAAACCCCACGCGUGUCCACGCUGUGGCAAGGGCUUCAAACACAGCUUCAACCUGGCCAACCACCUGCGUUCGCACACCGGCGAGCGGCCCUACCGCUGCUCUGCCUGCCCUAAAGGGUUCCGAGACUCCACCGGCCUGCUGCACCACCAGGUCGUCCACACUGGUGAGAAGCCCUACUGCUGCCUGGUCUGUGAGCUCCGCUUCUCCUCGCGCUCCAGCCUGGGCCGCCACCUCAAGCGCCAGCACCGCGGGGUGCUCCCGUCCCCGCUGCAACCCGGCCCAGGCCUGCCGGCCCUGAGCGCACCCUGCUCCGUCUGCUGCAAUGUGGGGCCCUGCUCAGUGUGCGGGGGCGCGGGGGCCGGUGGUGGCGAGGGCCCAGAGGGGGUAGGUUCGGGCCCGGGCAGCUGGGGGCUGGCAGAGGCCGCCGCCGCAGCCGCCGCUGCCUCGCUGCCCCCCUUUGCGUGUGGAGCCUGCGCGCGGCGCUUUGACCAUGGCCGCGAGCUGGCGGCCCACUGGGCGGCGCACACCGACGUGAAGCCCUUCAAGUGCCCGCGCUGUGAGCGCGACUUCAACGCCCCCGCGCUGCUGGAGCGGCACAAGCUGACCCACGACCUGCAGGGCCCAGGCGCGCCCCCCGUGCAGGCCUGGGCCCCGGGGGCCAGCGCGGGGCCCGACUCAGCCGGCGACGUCGGUGGCGCGGUGGAGGCGGGUGAUGCCCAGGUGGCCUGGGACGGCGGGCUGCUCCUGGGCCGCGCUGGGGGCGGCGUGCCUGAGCUCGCGGGGCUGCUCCCGGAAGGCGGCGGGGAGGCUCCUGCCCCAGCGGCGGCGGCCGAGGCGUCCGAAGACACCCUGUACCAGUGCGACUGCGGGACCUUCUUCGCGUCAGCCGCGGCGCUGGCCAGCCACCUGGAGGCCCACUCGGGCCCCGCCACGUACGGCUGCGGCCACUGCGGGGCCCUGUACGCGGCUCUGGCGGCCCUGGAGGAGCACCGGCAGGCGAGCCACGGCGAGGGCGGCGGAGCGGAGGCAGCAUCCGCGGCCCCAGAAGGGGAGCCAGCGUCCGGCGAGGCCGCGUCUGGCUCUGGCCGGGGCAAGAAGAUCUUCGGCUGCUCCGAGUGCGAGAAGCUGUUCCGCUCGCCGCGCGACCUGGAGCGCCACGUGCUGGUGCACACGGGCGAGAAGCCAUUCCCGUGCCUGGAGUGCGGCAAGUUCUUCCGCCACGAGUGCUACCUCAAGCGCCACCGGCUGCUGCAUGGCACCGAGAGGCCCUUCCCCUGCCACAUCUGUGGCAAGGGCUUCAUCACGCUCAGCAACCUCUCGCGGCACCUGAAGCUGCACCGCGGCAUGGACUGACGCCGCAGCCACCCUGCCGCCCCGCCUCGGGGGCCGCACUCAGGGCCUGGGUCCAGAUCCCUGGGCCCUGCCGUCAGGGGACCCCGGCUGGAGAUAGGGGUCCACCAGACACUCGCACGGUCCCAUGAGCUGGAGGCAGCAAACAAACCGGGGAGACUCCUCAGCUGCGAGGUCCGGGACCUAGGAAGAGACUCCUGAGCAACCCCAAAUCGAAAGGCCUCCCGAGUGGUGGGGACGUAGCAAUGAGAUGUGGGUGUCAGCAAGUACUUCUCAUCUUGAGGACCCUAGUGAUAAGAAAUGGGCAUCCUUCCCCCAAGGAAGACUGCCCCUCUCCCCAAGAGCCAUCAUUCCCAAUGACCUUGAUCUGGAGAAUGUGGGGGGACCAUGUCCCUGAAUUUCCCUGGAUCCCCCAAAUGCUACCCACCAGUCACUGGUGCCCUCCAAAAAUGGAUAGAGCCGAAACCUGCCUUCCCCCCACUCACCCCAUUUCAUUCCUCAUGCUGAAAGAGGACCAGGGUAGAUGCCCCUGCCCUGAAAACCCCUCCCCCCAAUUAGGUCUCCCUCCCCCAGGGCAGAAUGGAUCCACCCUAAUGAUCUUCCCUAUCCCAAACACUAGAAUAGGCUGGUUUGAAAUCCCUCCUGCCCAGUAGAAUGAACUGAAUCAGAUACACACCCCUGUCCACUGGAAUGGGCUGGUCUAGACUGUGGCCUGUACCCCACCCUCCUUAGGCCAAUAUGGCAGACACUCCUCCCUCCCUCUAGAGUGCCGGCCAGUCCCCAUCAUUCCACAUCCUGUGAACUCAUCUUGAGUGGGAAGUGGUGGACUCUGGGGCUUUUCUCCCGCUCUGCUUUAGCACCUGUCUUUCCAUCUCUGUUGGUUUGUCUGUCUCUGUGUUCCUCUCAACCCCAAGGGGAAGGGGGCUUGGCUAGGGGAUAACCCCUGUGAGCCUCGACCUUGCCCCUCAUCCCACUCCCUAAUGUCUCCACAGGGCCCCAAUAAACCUCGUCCUGUCAGUCACUGCCGUCCUGUUUUCUGAUCCUUGGCUCCAGAGAGGUGGGGGAUUUCUCCCUGAUUUAGGAUGAGCUCCCUAAAGAAAAGCAGAUCUUUCCUCCCUCCUGACAAAUGUUGAGUCCCUUAGAUACUGCACAACCAUUAAAAUCAGAAAUGGCUUAAGUUUCA